AUGAGAAACGAAACAGUGCUUUGGUUUGAAGAGAAUGGCUUGAAACUACCAGUUGGUAUUCUCGGAAUUGGGUCGAUUCUUCUUUUCGUUUGUUUUAAUCCGAAGAACUUGAGAUCGAGAGGCGUAGAACUGGCGAAAGAAGAUACAAGUCGAGUUUGUGUAAGCGCGUUUUUCUAUCUUUUCGAUAUUAUAUCCGAUAUUGCUCUUGGCAUUUCGUUCAUAAUCAGAGGCGAAAUUUACUGGGGUGUCGCAACGUUUCUUCUCGUCCUGAUUUCCGGCUGGCUUGUAGCCGGCUAUUCAUACUUUCAUAGUUCCAAGAAGAUUUAUGGAGAGAAUGAAAACGAAGAUAACGGAUCGGGAGAUAACGGAUCGCUGGCCAUUGGUCACGUGUUCCUCGUCGGUCCGUUCAUGCAUUAUCUGCACUAUUAUAAACGAAUGAAAGCGUGGACAACUGUAAACAGUGGGGAAAACAGGAAUCUGCGAGCACCAAAAUUGGAAGAAGAAAAAGACCUGAAUGAUAUGAGAGACGAACUAUUGAAAAUUCGAGCCCUAGAAGCAGCAACGGAAGCUGCGCCACAGCUUUUGAUUCAAAUUUUCUUCAUCCAAAAAUGCCUUCAUUCCGAUUCCGAUGAGAGUUGUGUCAGCGUUCUCCAGAUCUUGUCUCUUAUCAGUUCCCUCCUCACUUUCACCUACAUGACAACAAGGAGGAAGAAUUUGCAGUACAAGUCCAUUCUCGAUACACAACGAUUGUUCUAUGUCAACUUUCAACUUCCUUCUGAUCGGUUUCGAGAACUGGGUGAUUUAUAUGGCGACGAGAAAGAACAUGCAGAUCUCGGAAGAAAUCCAGCUCAGUGUUUAUAUUAUUGUGCCACUAUCGAUCAUCUUCAAUUUCUUUUGGACGAUCAUGAUUGCGCCGAAAGAAAGAGCAGAAGAGAAUCGCAAAAAUUUCAAGAAACUCCUCAUGUGCAAAGGAUUUUCGCAGGAGCAUUCGGGAUAGAUUGA